AUGACGCAACCAGUAUGGGACGAAGUCUUGGAAAAGAAUAUUGACUUUGCAUUGUUGCCUGGAGAUACUGUCUACAUGAACUACAAGGACCGGAGUCCUCAAGGAGAAAUCAAAUACAAUAGAGUGUGGUUCCGACAUCUACAACAAAGGGCCGAGACCCAUUUUGCUAAUUUUAUCAGCAAGACACCAAUCUACUCCACAUGGGACGAUCACGACUAUGGCAAUAAUGAUGCAGAUCAUAGCCUGGCAGGGAAGGAAAACUCGCUCGCUGCUUGGGGACAUCUUUGGCCCAACCCCUACCAGGGAUCGUCCAAGGGCACCGGAAACUAUUACUCGUACAGCUGGGGAGAUGUGGAUUAUUAUGUAAUGGAUUGUCGCUGGUAUCGAAAUCCGCACAAUGGCACACUGUUCGGCAAGCCUCAGAUGGAAUGGCUGGAAGAAAAGUUGCUUGAAUCUACUGCCGCUUUCAAGAUAAUAGUUUCAGCGAGUGAUGUAAUGGAAAGAGGCUUGACUGGUGAUUUGAAGCAAAUCGGCAAGGUGGUCACCAAGUAUUCCAUAUCAGGCGUUGUAUUCAACUCGGGGGAUAUCCAUCGAAAUCAGUUCAAAUCGCAAAAAGUGAGCAACUGGCCCUACCCGGUAGUCCAAAUCACUUCAUCCGGCAUAGCAAGGGUCAAGCAACGUCCUUUUGCUAUAAUUACGAUUGACACUAACUUGGAGGAUCCCGAAAUGCUGACCCAGUUUUACAUUGCAGACUCCAAGGAACGUGACACGACGUGGUCCAACAAUGCCACAGUAGACUGCCACGAAAUCCGCAAGAGCAAAGAUCGAGACUUGAAACAACGGUGCAGCAAAGUCGUUCGAUUGAGUGACUUGACUCCAUCAUAA